AGCCUACAGAAUUUGCGCAACUCAGCCAAGAAAAGUCGAAAAAUAGAAAAGAAAAAGCUCCUAAUUUUACUUUGUAAGAAUGAGUUUCACAGCGCAACAACAUAAGAUAGAGGAAGAAGAACAAUAAACAAAUUUCAUACUACAAUUUUCUUCAUUAAGGAUCUCCAAUAAACAAGAGUGGAUAUGGCUAACAAAACCUCCAAAAUUCAAACAAUUUACGAUUUUUGCAAGAAGAUGUUUUCUCUGACUACAAUUCCUCCUCCACCUUCUUCUCAUGUCGUUCAGAAGCUCUCUUCUCUUCUGGACUCUGUAACUCCCGCUGAUGUUGGUCUGAAAGAGGAGAAUGUAGAUGAUGACCGAGGAUAUGGUCUUUCUUUGCUGAACCCAUUCAACCGAGCUCCUAGAUGGGCUCAACCUAUAACGUAUCUGGAUAUCCAUGAGUCUGACACCUUUACAAUGUGCAUAUUCAGCUUUCCCACAUCCGCAGUCAUUCCUCUGCAUGAUCAUCCUGGAAUGACAGUUUUCAGCAAACUUCUGUAUGGAUCCUUGCAUGUGAAGGCCUAUGACUGGGUUGAACCUCCACAAGUUGUUCAGAGCAAUGGCUCUGAGUACUCUCAAGUGAGGUUAGCAAAGUUGGUGAUUGACAAAGUUCUAACAGCACCUUGUGAGACCAGAGUUCUGUAUCCCAAAAGUGGGGGAAAUCUACAUUGUUUCACAGCAGUCACCCCUUGUGCCGUGCUUGAUAUUCUCACACCUCCAUAUUUGGAGGAUGCAGGCAGAAAAUGCACAUAUUAUCAUGACUAUCCAUAUUCAAGUUUUCCUACAAAAGAAGCUAUAGGUGAUGGAAAAGAAGAGGAAUAUGCAUGGCUUGCGGAGAUAGAAGCGCCAAAUGUCCAAAUGCGUCCUGGAAUCUAUGCUGGUCCUUCUCUUCUGGAGUAAUGGUAACAGUGAGCUAAUCAUCAACCAGUUAGAAUCUAGUCUCGAAGUUGAAUAGCUGUUCGUGGAAUGAUCUUUGCUUUGUGUGAAAGAGUUUGGUCAAAUAUACUUGCAAACUCUUCCACUCAGGACAUGGUGAUCACAACUUUGAGACUGAACAAAGUAGAAUAGACAUGUGUAAGAUCUGUUUAUGAAUGCUCACAGUUGUAACUUGUAAGUGGGUUCUGUGUUCUCAUAUAUUUAUUCAAUUGUACAAUUUAUAAGCAUCUGAAAUAGUUGUUAAUAGAUCUCUAAGUGUUGUAAAGGGUGUUUAAAAAGUGAUGAGGUUUGAGUCUUUGAGACUCUUUGACUGUAACAAUCUUGCUUCAUAGUUCAUAGUUGUGCAAGCACACUGUUAAGCGAUAGAGUUCGACUUUUUACUUGCUCAUUUCAAAGCUUGGCUUAAGUUAAUUAGAAUACUCUGUAAUUAUUAUGUUUAUGUUCA